AUGAAUGCUGGAUUCGUAAAGGAAUUUUUAGUAUCAGAAGUCGCUCAGGAUAGUUCUGUAUCAUCAGGUAAUACUAACUUCGAUCCCGAUAGUCAAACAUCUCAUCCUCCUGUCGGUCCUUGUCCAACACCCGAUGCAUCAUCAAUCUUAGCUGUUUCUCAGUCGUGGAUGGAUUACCUGAAUUUGCCGGAGCACACCAACAUUCCUGGUUUCGAUAGAAGACUUUCAUGCUAUCCGAAACUGCCUUCUUUUGGCGUUGAUGACUUCGGUUUGAGGCAGCAAUCUGUCCUUCUAGAACCCGGACGCCACGUCGCUAGCCAGCCAGAAAGCAUGAAUGAGCUUAUCAGCACCAGAGAAGACUGUCCCGCCGUUCAGAUAGCGCUCAAUUCCUCGGAGCACACUUUGAAAUAUUUGCUAUGUUCUAGCGAUGCUAAGCUCGACGACAACCAAGCUCAAGGCGUUCUCGACGCGAGCGCCCAUCCCCUCCUCGCAACGGAUCUCGAUCAAAUACUACGUCCCCUAUUCGACUAUUAG